AUGAACAAACCCCAACCUCACCAACUAAUCAUCUUCGCUUUCUUACUUUCCUUUUCCCUCGCAAACGUCGUCGUUUCAGCUCGACUCUUCCCCAACGUCUCCUCCUGGCUCCCCGCCCACGCGCCUUCCCUCGGAGGCGCGUGGGACGCCUUCCGUAACUUCACCGGCUGCCAUCGCGGUGAUAAUUAUGACGGCCUCGCCAACCUCAAAUCCUACUUCCAGCGCUUCGGCUACAUCCCUCACGCGCCGCCCUCAAACUUCUCCGAUGAAUUCGACGACGCGCUCGAAUCCGCGAUCAAAACCUACCAGAAGAACUUCAACCUCAACGUCACCGGUGUCCUCGACGAUGCCACGCUCCGGCAGAUCGUCCUGCCGCGAUGCGGCGUCGCUGACAUCGUAAACGGCACCACGACGAUGAACGCCGGCAAGGGGAACGAAACGGCGCCUUUCAGCAAGCCCCGGUUCCACUCGGUGGCGCACUACUCUGUGUUCCCUGGCAUGCCGCGGUGGCCGGUGGGAACGCAGGAGCUCACGUACGCGUUCAACCCUGGCAACGGCCUGAGCGACACCGUGAAAGGCGUUUUCGCCGCCGCGUUCGCGCGGUGGGCGGAGGUGACGUCGUUAACGUUCCGCGAAACAUCGUCGUAUUUAGGCGCCGACAUCAGGAUCGGUUUCUUCAGUGGCGACCACGGCGACGGGGAGCCGUUCGACGGGAGUCUGGGGACGCUGGCGCACGCCUUCUCGCCGACGAACGGGAGGUUCCACCUGGAUGCCGACGAGGACUGGGUGGUUUCCGGCGACGUGACGCGGUCGGCGCUUUCGACGGCGGUGGAUUUGGAAUCGGUGGCGGUGCACGAGAUUGGGCAUUUGCUAGGGUUAGGUCACUCGUCUAUGGAAGAAGCCGUAAUGUUUCCGACGAUUUCUUCAAGGAAGAAGAAGGUGGUGCUGUCCCAGGAUGACAUCACAGGGAUUCAAUACCUCUACGGUUCAAACCCCAAUUACAACGGGUCCACUGCCACGUCAGCACCGGAGAGGGACUCCAGCGACGGUGGCUCUCGUGUAGGACCUUCUUGGAGCGUUUUUACUUUGUUGACUUUUUCAUAUUUAUAUUUUACAUUAUUAUAG